UUUUACCAAGUCAUAAGGAAGGGUAAGGGUGUGUAACUUUCUCCACCGCGUUGUUUCCGCUAAUCCCUGGCCGCUGCCGUUGUUUCGCUUCCAACCACCGUCUCCUUUCUCUUUCGUUUGAACAAAACAAUGGGUGGUGGCACUGAUGCACCCUUUUCAAACCACCCUAUAUCACAACAAUCCCUUAACUCUCUCUUCGACCUUUCCAACUCCACCACCUUACAAACUUCCUUAGAAACUCUCAUUGAAUCUUCCAAAUCCACUUCCAAUCGUUCCCUCUACGCUUGCAAAAAAAUCCUCCCCACAAUUCUCACCGUACUCCACUCACCACCAUCGCUUCAUAUUCUAUCUCUCUGUUUCAAGCUUCUCAGAAACCUAUGUGCUGGUGAAAUUCUAAACCAGAAUAUGUUUCUUGAGAAUGACGGUGUUUUUAUCGUUGUUUCGAGUAUUUUGAGGUCAGAGGUUGUUGGUUCUGAUUAUAUGUUGGUUAGAUGGGGUUUGCAGGUUUUGGCAAAUGUUUGUUUGGCUGGGAAGGAACAUCAGAAGGCUGUUUGGGAUGAGAUGUUUCCGGUUGGUUUUUUGUCGGUUGCGAGAAUUGGAAAGAAGGAGGUUAAUGAUCCAUUGUGUAUGGUGAUUUAUACUUGUUGUGAUGGAAAUGAUCAAUGGUUUAGUGAGGUUUGUAGUGAUGGUGGUUGGAAUGUUUUGGUGGAAAUUGUUAGAACUGCUUCUUCUGCUAGUUUUGGCGAGGAUUGGAUAAAGUUGCUUCUUUCAAGAAUAUGCCUUGAAGACUCUCAAUUGCGUGUACUUUUUUCUAAAUUACGGUUUAUGGAUAUUCCUGACGGUGAAGAUACCAAGACAAAAGAUGAUCAGUUUUCAUCUGAACAAGCGUUUCUUCUGCAAAUCAUAUCGGAUAUUUUGAACGAGCGAAUCGGAGAUGUUACUAUUUCUCUGGAAGUUGCAUCGUUUGUUUAUGGAAUAUUCAAGAAAUCUAUUGGGGUUCUUGAGCAUGCAGUUAGAGGCAAGUCUGGUCUUCCCAGUGGCAUUACUGAUGUUGAUGUUCUUGGCUACUCCCUUACUAUGUUGAGGGACAUCUGUGCUCAUGAUAGUGUGAGAGGUAAUUCAGAGGAUACGGAAGUUGUUGAUAUGUUAUUGUCAUAUGGCCUCAUUGAGUUGGUUUUUAUUCUGCUUGGGGACCUUGAACCUCCAACAAUAAUCAGGAAAGGAAUGAAACAUUCUGAGAAUCCGGACGGUGCUAGUUCUUCCUCAAAACCAUGUCCUUACAAGGGCUUUAGGAGAGACAUAGUUGCACUUAUUGGCAAUUGUGUGUAUAGAAGGAAGCAUGUACAAGAUGAAAUCAGGAGUAGAAAUGGAAUUUUACUGCUAUUGCAGCAGUGUGUUACUGAUGAAGAUAAUCCUUACCUCAGAGAAUGGGGCAUAUGGUGUGUUAGGAAUAUGUUGGAGGGAAAUGAGGAAAAUCAAAAGGAAAUUUCUGAAUUGCAGCUGCAGGGAUCUGCUGAUGUGCCUGAAAUUUCUGCACUUGGUCUACGAGUGGAAGUUGAUCAGAAAACUCGGCGUGCUAAGCUUGUAAACGUGAGUGGAAAUUAAUUAGAAAACUUGGUGCCCUAAGCUCGUAAACACCCCAUGAAAUAAUACUAUAACUUGAUUUUAUGAAUUCAACAUGGAGUUCAAGUUCAUAUUUUAGAUAAUUAAACACCCUCUUGGCCAAUAAUGACUGUUUCUCACUUCUUGUGGAGUUUGUUUCUUUUUUGCUCUUUGUAAUGGUUCGUUGAGUUCUUUUUUUCCUAUGUCAUAUGGAAUGGAACAACGAUUUUGAUUGUUUGGACCUGAGUUGUGAUGUUUUCAACUUAAGCCUCCACUUGUUAAACAGGCUGGUGCUUAUUGUAUUGUGAUUUGUGAGUCGUGACCUCAAUUGAAUGUUUUCCACGUUGUAAUUGAUGUUAGGUGACUUGCAAAUUUAACUUUCAUUCUGGUUUUC